AUGCUCGGUCCUGGUGGCUACGGGCAGGAUAAGCGUUUGAACAUGGACAAUAUCCUCGCUGUUCCCGCCCAGUCGGAGCCGUCAUGGGCAUCCGAGGCCGAGUGCAUCACGAAUGCAGACGAGACUCCGCCGUACUGCGUCUUCACUUCCCACACCUUUGCAAACGGCCGCGGCGUCUCGAUCCUGACGACUCCCAACCGAGCUAAGACCUUGCAGCGGGUGCCGGCCUUUGUGGACGCGGAAGCCAUGGCCGGCACCAACUUGGAGGCGUCUCCACCGUUCGAGGAGCGAGUGCUUCCCGGGCGAGGCCGCGGGUUGAUUGCCAACAAGACGCUGCACCGUGGCGACCGGAUAUUUGCCUACUCGCCUAUCUUGGUGCUCGACGAGGAUGCCUUUCAGAAUCUAGACGAGGACAAGUGGAUCGCCUUGGAAACGGUGGCAGUCGCCAAGCUGCCUCUGGCUACGAGAGAGCUGUUUUGGGAGCUGCACGGCGAGCCGUCGGUGCAUCCAAUUAGCGAUCGGAUCGACACAAACGCCUUUGAGAUUGAGAUUGGAGAAUCGACGAAUUACAUUGUGGUGCCCGAGAUCGCUCGUCUCAACCAUGACUGCCGACCCAAUGCCGUCUACUUCUUUGACACGCAAACCCUCACCCACCACGUGCACGCCAUCACGGACAUUAUGCCCGGCACAGAGAUCACAAUCACGUACAUCGACCCGCGCAUGCCACGGCAGCAGCGGCUCACCGACCUCUACACCUCCUGGGCCUUCAAUUGCUCCUGCAGCACCUGCAGCUUGCACCCGAAGCUGGCUAAUGCGUCCGAUGCACGCCUUGCCGAGAUCACGGCUCUGACCGAACACCUCGACGAAGGGUCAGAGGCCUCGCCCCAGAUUGCGCAAGCGCUCGUCAGCCUCCACCACCAGGAGCGCCUCCACGGAACCUCGACCAACGCCUACCGGCUCGCGGCACUGGCAUUCUGCGCCCAAGGAGAGCACUGGACUACGGUCCAAUACGCGCGGCUGGCGGUUGAGUUUGGCUUAUUGAGUGAUGGGUUCCGAGACGACGGUGUCCAACUGAUGAUGCGCUUAGCGGAAGACCCGGAGGCGCAGACUUGUUGGUCGAGGCGGAGAGCGUAG